CCUGUGCACAGAGAGAGACAGUGAAAGGGAAGCAGCUGUACAAUAGCAGUAUCUGCACGGACAGUUGAUUACUAGUGAAACAUCAUCUCCGCAGAUUUUUUACGAAUGCAUGCAGAGGGUUUUGAAUUUACUUCAUGCUGUCCAUAUCUUUUCCAUCAACAUUUUUCCUCGACUUUUCGUUCUGUGAAAAUUAGUUUUCUUGGCAUUUUGUUACCCUUUUAUUUUCCAAAACCUGCAAGAAAACCGAUAGACGGAGUGAGCAACCGGUUUGCUGGACAGGAAUUAUGUAUUUGAACAACAGAAAUGUCAACAUCUACAAAGAGAGGAGCAAGAAGAACAUACCUGGGAAAAAUUGCACUCACUUAAAGUCAAUUCCCCAACAUGAAAAAGUUAUCAUGCUGCCAUCCCAAGACGAGAACAGAAAGGUGGACACAAAUGAGAAGAUGGCCGAGGAAGAAGAGGGGAUGCAGCGCACGACGCUUGGGAAGGCCGUGUACGAUCUGACCCAUUCAGAUAGGGUGAUGAAUGAUCUGAUAUUUGGGCGGCGAGUUGGGUUUUACGAGCUGAGGGGAGAGAUUGGCUCUGGAAACUUCUCCCAGGUUAGAUUGGGGAUACAUGACCUGACCAAAGAAAGAGUGGCUGUAAAAGUCCUGGAUAAGGAGCGUUUGAGCAAACACUCACAAGUUCUUUUUGCAUCUGAAAUCGCGUGCAUGGAGAGGCUCGCCCACCCGAAUAUAGUGCGCCUGUACGAGGUGGUAGAAACCUUCAAGAGGGUUUACCUGGUGAUGGAGUACGCCAGCGGAGGGGAGCUGUUCUCCCAUGUCAGCAACAGGGGGCGCCUGUCGGACCUGGAAAGCAAGCUGGUUUUCUCACAGGUCCUGUCUGCAGUGCAGCAUAUGCAUGAAAAUAAUAUCAUCCACAGGGACCUGAAAGCUGAGAAUGUAUUCUACACCAACACGUACUGUAUCAAAGUGGGGGACUUUGGUUUUAGCACAUCUUGCUGCUCGGGUGAAAUACUUCACACAUUCUGUGGCUCUCCACCUUACGCAGCCCCUGAGCUCUUCAAAGAUAAAGGCUACAUUGGACAAUAUGCAGACAUGUGGGCGAUGGGUAUUUUGCUUUACUUCAUGGUGACUGCCACAAUGCCGUUCAAAGCUACGACCACAAACAGGCUGAAGUGCUGCAUCCUGCAGGGUUCUUACACCAUCCCUUCCUAUGUACCACAGUCAUGCCAAGACAUCAUUAAGGGCCUUCUGAGGCCAGUUCCUGUGGACCGCAUCAAUAUGGCAAAAAUCAUGACAAGCAACUGGAUGAGCGGCAUUGAAUACACCGAGGCCUACCCACCGUAUAAAUCUACACCGUCCCACCUGGUCGACCCCAACUACCUUCUCACUUCAGAUGAACUACACGUGAAGGCCGCCUUGGAAGAUCUUGGCAUCACCCAGGCUCAUCUUCACAAUAACAGUGUGGAUUUGAGAAGCCCGUUCACUGGGACCUAUCGGAUUUUGCUCCAUCGGAUCCAGAAGAGAAGGUCCGUGGAGGCUGCAGGCUACAGUCAAACGUGCAGAGAGUCGCAGAACAGAUUCAGACGGAGAGCAGGUUCAGAUGGGCUGCUGUACAAGCGCCACUCUGCGGUCUGUAGCCUCAUGUAGUGGAAAUAGUUAAAAGAAUGCAUUCUUGUUCCUGUUUUCUAAGAAAUGGAUGAGAAGAUAUGUAUUAUCAGAUUUGUAAAUGACCCACAGUCUCGUCUUUCAUUAAGGUAAUGGGGAUGUGGAAAUGUCAAAUUGCAAUACAUCAAUUUUGACUUUUCUUCCCUCUUUAAUGAUAAAUUAGAGAAAC